CGUAUUCGUGAAUUGUUCAACACUAAAAUAUAGACUACCUUAAGUAAAUAGUUAGCCGUUUCAUUUUUGGAAAUGUGCAAAAACUAAAUAAUAAGCUGUUAAAGUGGACACGAUUUCUUUAGGCCGGAUUUAUUUCCCCUCUUUUGAUACCAUACUCAUCCAUCCUAUUUUUAUAGUCCUUUGUAUUAUUGUGUUUCUAUCUCCAUCUCGUUCUGUCACAUACCGCACUAACACUUCUAAACAAAACGUGCUCGGGCCUAUUUUUUUUUUGUAAUUAUAUUUGUUGAUAAAUGUACAAAAUACGAAAAAUAGAAAGGCAGCACAAUCGAAAACAAAGGAACACUCCAAAAUGGACGAUCUCGAAGACUUGGACGAGGAGCGUUUAAAUGAAUUGGAAUCAAUUCUUUAUGCUUCCAUACACUAUAAUGAUGGUUCAACAGAACAGCAAGAAGAACCGACAGAUUCUAGCCAGUCUGAGCAGCAGCAACAUCAGCCACAGCAGAUGAGAAUCGUAACCAACAAGAGGGUGAUUAACCAACAACCAGUUGCAGGCAAACACUUGGCUCCUUUUGCCAGACCACGCUAUUGGGAUCAAGGCAAUAAGGACCCCAAUGUUAGUUCCUUUACUUCUCAGCCAGCAACUAUUGAAAAUGCUACAACCAAAUCAACUGCUGACGAAUCAAAGCCCAAGGAUAAAAAAAUGCCACCGCCGGCUGCGAAACCACAGAAGCAAAAGAAUUUAGCCAAAAAAUUGCAACAACAGCAGCAGAAAAAGGAGAAGCCGAAGCCUCUGACCCAAAAACAAGCUGUGAAACCGACUGUCAGUAAACCAGAGCGAAUGGCGGUGGAUGAUGAACCCGAGCGUUUUGACCAAAGACUCUUGGUGGCCAUACCCAACAACUAUCAAUCGCCUGCAAAAAAAGAAAAGUCAACGGGUGUGAGUGGGCCCUUUGGCAAGUCUAAUCGAAAAUUGGAACAAAUGCAGCGUUUGGCAGCUAAGCAGCAGAAAUCGAGGCAAGUUUUGGCCAAAAAGAAACAGCAACAGCAGCUGCAGGACCAGAAGCCGUUAGCUCCACCAAUAGCAUUUAUAGAUCUAAAAUCAUCCGAAGGAGAGGAUGACGAUGACGAUGAUGUGGUACAUGUUCCCCUACCGCCUGUGCCAGUGAUUGAUUUGGAUACGAGCGACGGGGAAGGGGAGAUCAGUCAACCUUCAUACCAUGAGGAGAAUGCUAUGGAUGCAGCCGACGUUGAAAUGGGGACUAUCAUCACAUCAACAGAAACAGAAGAGCCGAUAGCUGCACCAUCCCAGCACUCGCCUUGCAGCUCCGUAAUGUCAAGCGAUGAUUUUAUAGUGCAAAAGGACACAUCCCGCUUAAUGGCUGAUCGGGCGCGUGCCACCGAUGAAGAUUUAUUGGUUUUAACUGAAAAUGCCAUUAAGAAUAUCACAACUGAGGAGGAACCACAACCAUCUCAAGACGCUUUGGACACCUCGUCGGAAUAUGAAUUUGUUCCGCCUUCGCGUCUAGAAGAAAUCAAACAAAAUUAUCGCGUGGAUGAGCAACAGUUUCGAGCCUUGGAUGUAUAUGAAAGUGAAUCAGAUCUAACAGAAUCUGGUAUAUAUGCUAAAGUGAAACCCAAGAAUAAUCAACCCACCAUAAUACGCAAUGUCGACUCAAAUUCGGAUAGCUCCAAUGUAGAGGAGGUGAUCGAUCCCUAUGUUAAUAAGACAAAGCGCUUGCGAAAACGUCGCUCCUCUAGCACCAAUCACAGUCAAUCCGAGGCCAACAAUGAUGAUGAUGACGAUGAUGAUGACGAGGAUGAAAAUGAGGAGGGUGUCCAUUCAACUGGUGUUCCGGGCAUAGCUCGUGGCAUGGCCGUGGAACGUUGCAAGCGGAAGAUACGUCGACUAAGUCAUAAUCGACGACAGUCGGAAGAUCUGCAAAAGCAAAAACAAAAAUCAAAAGGCAAGGCGGCCUCAAAUCAAGAGAAGAAACCUCAAACACCUAGCUCGGAGUCUGCUUCGGAAGAAGAUUUGCCCAGCGCUCGGGAAAUCGCUGAACGUCUUUUGCAACAAAAAAAUGUUCCCCCAACAUCGUCCACCACGAACGACAACGAUGCCGAUGAAGUUUUGUCUAUAGGCUCAGAUGCUAAUACCGACGAUGAGGCACAGCAUCAAGAUGCCAUAUCGGAACGCAUAAGUGCCGUGUUUGAGCGCAUUGAUGCCUAUGAAAAACGAAACCGAGAUAUGAACAUGUUUCCUGAGGACGAGGUUCCUUGCACCAGCAGUACAAUAGGAGCAACUGAAGACAGCGAUCGGCAACAGGUUGAAGAGGAUAAUAAUGCUCAAGCUGAAGCAGAAGAGCUGGAUGACGCAAUGGAAACAGAAGACCAUGCGGAUUCAGAACAGGAAUCAAAUGAACACCCAGUUGAACAGGAUAAAAAUGAACCAUCUAUUCAAGUGGAGCACAAUCUCAAGGCUUUGUCUGCUGAUAAGGAACAGGCUCGCAGUCGCGACUUAAUCGGUUGGAAUGAUGAAAUGUGCCGAUUCUAUAAUGAUAGCUGGCAUGGUGAACAGUUCUCAGUGCACAAAAUCCUAAAGUCUAUGAAUCCCAACAGAAGUGAAUGGCGUAUCGACAGUGCAGAUCGCUAUCCAGUUGUUCGUCCCCGGUCGAAUCUGAAAUGCAACAAUUGCUUUGAAAUGGGACAUGUGCGCUCCAAGUGUCCACGUCCACGAAAACCGCCUGUGUGCAGCACAUGCGGUGUAACUGGCCACACCGAGCCACGUUGUCCAUUUGCCAUCUGUUUAGGGUGUGGUACCAAGAAGGGCAUCUAUGUGCAGCAAUGCAACAAAUGUUCAUUCCAGUCUCGUCUGAUCUGUCAACUAUGCAAAAUGCGUGGUCAUAGCACAGACAGUUGUCCCGACAAGUGGCGGCGCUAUCAUUCCACGACCCGCUCAAAUGUUUGCUUAGAGGACAAUGUUCAGUACAAGGCUAAGCAAUGCAGUUAUUGCGCUGGUCGUGGCCAUCUUUUUGAGAAUUGUCGUCAACGCAUUGGCGAAUAUCGUUUGGUCAAUUAUUCCUCCCAAAUAAUAUCGCAUCAAAAGAUUUACCAAGAUCAUGGCGGACCACUUAGCAUUUUACAAAGUAUGAGCGCGUUCUGUGACCCACAAGUGUCCUUUCAUUUCAAUUGGAGUCAACCGACUAUUGACAAAGCAAGUUACUAUGCCAAAUUCUUAAAAGCUGUUGGCUUGGCCAAGCGCGGAUCGAUGAUAACCGAACGCCCAAAUAAGCGCCUCGAGAUCGCCCGGCCAAAGACUUUCAGCAAGAGCAGCAUACAAAAGAAGGAUAUAAGCAGUAAUAUGAAACAACAACAACAACCACAGAAACCAACUACCUCCAAACCAGCAGUACCUAACCAUGACUUGGACUCGGAUUCAAAUUAUAGUUUCUCCGAGCAUUUCGAAUUACCUACUUCAACGACAAACGAGGAAGUUCAUGAGGGAGAGAACGUGAAUGAGAACGCAAACGAUACCACAAUGCCGGAUGUCAUACCGUUAAGUCAGAUAUCAGACGGUGAGGAAAGUUGCGAUGAAAUCAUUGGCCAGGGCAUAUCCAUGUGCAUCAGUCAUAGCAAAGCCAGUAGUAGUAGUACAGAUACAGUCAACGAAGACACGUUAUUGCCAGAGGUUCCCAGCGAAGGUAAAAUCCUAAUGGCACGCGAUCAAAUCGAAUAUCUCUUUAGUCCUGAGGGUAGAAAUUUUCUUGCCGCCGCCGCUAAACAGUGUAAAGUUAACGUACGGAUGGAUUUUAAAGAUUAUGGUUAUGUCCUGGUCAUCUAUGGCCUUAAACAGCAUCAGGAAGACCUUCAAUUGAUGCUAAUGCGUCGCCAUCACGAUGUCAAGCGCAAAUGUAUUGAAUUCCAAAGUCAAAAGCCACCAAAACGCAUUGAUGUCCUUAUUCGAUUCAUGCGCGACGGCAUUAAUAGUUUAAGGACCAAUCUGGGUAAUGCCCAGAAUCAUUAUAAUCGCAUCAAGGAGCUGGAGGGUAUGAAUACCAAAAAUGGCUACAAAUUGGCCGAAAAGAAGCGGCGACAAUUGAAUAUGAUUUUGUUGGGACAGGCUGGCCUAAUGAAUGGUGAUGUGCAUCUUGACCAAUUGCUAUUGAUACUUACACAAUUAAUUCAGGACCACUCACCAGAUGGAAAUGCCAGUUUAUCCCUGCGGAACGAUAUUGAACAGAAUUGGCGUAUGAUAUUUACUGCAUUUCCGCAUGCAGACUAUGAAUCAUUGCUAUAUAAUUACGGUAAAUUGGAAAUUAAGAAUCGAUUACCUUCCCUCAAAAUAGAUCCAAUGAUAUUGGGCUUAAGUGGAUCAUUAGUUCAUGCCCCACCACCUCCAAGUUGGCCACAAAAUAAUAUGGCACCGCCACCACCGCCUCCUUCUUCUUCGUCUACUCCUUCAAGCAAUGCCGCCCGAAAGAAUCGUGUCCCACAAAAACAGCAAAAAGAAGCUAGCCCCACGGCUCCUCCCCCAUCACAAUUACCUUCAAGACGCACGCAACUAUCGCAAAUGCCUUUCAAUAAUCCGGAGCAGCGUGCUCGUUUCCAAGACUUGCAACUGCAACGGAACAGUUUGAAUCCGGAAUGUGUUCGGCUUUUAUCUGAAAUGGAUCAUUCCGAUUCGCAUAGCAGCAUUAAUACGGAUGCCAAAAAGCCAUCAAUGUUCUGGUCAAGGGAGUCCUUCAAAUAUCUUGAUGAUCUAUUGAAAAUGACCUCGAGCCCAGAGACAUUGGAACGUUUGGAUCGCGUAUUGGCACGCUCACGUCGUGGCCUUUUGUCGUACAAUGAUUAUCGAGCUGUGAUUCGUUUGCAUUCAUUGCUAUCUAAUUGAGUUAAUGGGAUGGAGAGGAUUAAUAAACAAUACAUUAAAAGAAAGACAGACGAACUAUAUGUGUGGGUUAUCUCAAAGAGAUAUCCCCUAGGACAGACGAUUAAAAUGAAUUACAAAAUAAUAUAAAACUGAAAAUAAAACUUUCUGCUAAAAAUAA